AUGGGACUAGUAAACAGACACCUCCCUUUAUGCAUAGUGAGAGUUCAGCCCUUCUUUCCAUUGGUUUUAUUUUACCCAGGCCCACCCAUCAGCUUGCAUCUCAUUUGUAUACAUUAGCGACAAGGCAGGUGCAGAGGGAGGCAGAGAGGAGACAGCAGCAGGGAAGACGGCUCCUCACCAUGGCUUCUGGACGGACACUGGAUCGUUGCUUUGUGCUGGGGAUGCUACUUCUGUGCACUGCAGAGAAAGUUUUCUCUCAAGAAGUUCAAGCUGAAAAUGUCACAGUGGUGGAGGGCGGUAUGGCGGAAAUCAGCUGCCGGCUACAUCAGUAUGAUGGCUCCAUUGUGGUUAUCCAGAAUCCUUCAAGACAAACACUCUUUUUUAAUGGCACACGGGCUCUAAGGGAUGAACGUUUUCAGAUGGUGGAAUUCACCCAGAAGCUGGUAAAGAUCCAUCUGACAAAUGCGAAGUUGGAUGAUGAAGGCGGAUACUUCUGUCAGCUUUAUACAGAGGAUACACACCAUCAAAUCGCCACACUAACUGUGCUCGUGCCCCCUGAGAACCCACUAGUGGAGGUAAAUGAGCAGGCUGUGGAAGGGGGGGAAAUAGAGCUGACAUGCAUCUCCCCUAGAACAAAACCUGCAGCUUCUCUACGCUGGUACAGGGACCGCAAAGAACUCAAAGGUAUCGCCAGCAAACAGGAGAACAUAAAAACCUUCAGUAUUACAAACAGCAUACGCUUCACUGUGGACCGGAAGGACAAUGGUGAGAUAGUAACCUGUGAAGCAUCACACCCAGCUUUAAAAGGACAGAAGAAGCAGACACAGUAUGUGUUGGAUGUUCAAUUUUCCCCCAUAGCUCGAAUACAGUCCUCACAGAGUGUGGUGAGAGAAGGGGAGCUUCUGACACUCAAAUGUGAAGUCACAGGAAAUCCACGACCGACUGAGAUAAUUUGGAGCCGUUUAAAUGAUUCCUUACCAGAACGAGCGCAGAUCCAGGGGGACCUCUUGACUUUCCCGGCACUCAGCAUGCAGGACAAUGGAACCUAUAGCUGCCAGGUGUCCAAUAAGCGUGGAAGAUCCUCUGACCAAUACGUUCUUGUUGUGUAUGACCCUGGAGCAAUCAUCGCCGCCCAAACUCAAGUUCCAUAUGCCGUAAUUGGAGGGAUCCUUGCACUUCUUGUCUUCCUUGUCAUCUGUGUUCUCAUUGUUAUGGUCUGGUGUUCAGUCCGACAGAAAGGUUCUUACCUGACUCAUGAAGCAAGUGGUCUGGAUGAGCAUGGCGAGGCACGGGAGGCAUUUCUAAAUGGCGGAGAAAACCACAAGAGAAAGGAGGAGUUUUUUAUUUAAAGACACAAACAAAAGAGUCCCAACACAGUAUUAAUAACCUAUAUUUUUUAUUUUGUCUUACCUUUGGAGGGCGGGGUAGGGAUGAUGUUUGGACAAUGGGUUUGGUAGAAAAGAGAUAGAAGAGGGAAUGUUUAACCCCUUUGUUCCCAAGGAGCAGUAACAUAAAACACAUUUCCAUUCCUUGGAAGCAAAUGGGUUAAUGGUCCCAUGUAGAGGUUGAUGAGCAGAUUGUGGAGUAUGCAAGGUCAGAAAAGAGUGUGAAUUAUGUGGGUAUAGGGGUAAAAUAUGGAGUUACUUUUUCAUAUCAAACUAAAUAGCUGAUUCUAGAAUAUUCUGGAAAGAGCAAAACAAAUACAUAUUUAUAUUUGAUCAAACAUUUAAGACGGAAUUGGCAAGGAGCACACUAAGAAAUGCAAAGUUGAGCAUAGCAGGUUACCUCUGGGGAUAUAGAGCCUAAAAUUAUUCGAUGUAAUGAGCUUAUCUUCGCCAGAGACCAGAGUCUGUAAAAUGGGAAGAUGUUAUUGAUACAGAGCUAGGAACUUCUAAGGCUACAGGGCAUAUAAAUAUCUAUGGCCAACAGCCGUGAAACUCCAAAAGCUACAGGGACUGAAAACAUUUUAAGCUACAGAGCCUAGAAUAUAUAUAGGGACCAAAGAUUGUGUUCCCUGGUAUGCAUAUUAGGAAAUACAGUAUUACAGAGCUAGAGCUUGUAUUCCUUAUGGGUUCAGUGCCUUGCAUUAAUGAGGAUACAAAACCUUGUAUGUUUCAGAAUAUAUGGGCUGGAACGUCUUCUCAUGGGUUAGGAAAACAAAGGAGGGUGAAAAACCUGGCACAUAUGUGUAGCUCAGGGGACACAGAGAAGUGCUCACAUUAAUAUCUUGGAAACGAAGUAAGCUGGGUGGAUGGACGAUCAGUGAUUUGUGCCAGUACAGACUCAGUAUUACGAGCGUGACGUUUGUUUAAUCACCUUAAUUAGGAAGAAAUCAGCACGGCUCAGAGUCCCCAGCGAGGGAAGGGAAUGCUGCGGGGAGGGAGAGCGGAGGCAUAAGUCACAGGUUUAAAUGGGAGAACGAGAGUAAUCCAAACAAUAACAGAGACAAGUUCUAGUCACUGUCAGACACUUGUAAUUUCAGUGCCAGCACUGCCACAUGCAGGGGACUAUUUACAAAUGAGUGAGUAACAUUCACUCUCUGAAGAUGCAGCAAGGCAAUCAACUGCACGGCCAGUAAAAAAGUUACAGUUAACCCUCACCAAACGAUGGAUACUUUUGUAGGAGAUGCCAUGCUGCAAAUUUGGUGGGUGAACCCUGCUUAUUUAUUGUAGCCUAUUUAAGACAGUCCAUUUAUCUGUAAGUGCAUUUACCUGUGAUCAUUAUUAUCGUUGGUCUGUAAAACACAUAUGACUCAUUGGAUUAGAGACGCAACAUGAAAAUAUUGAUCUAAUCUAAAAUACAAACUAGCAGGUCUGUUCUAGCUACCGAAAUAAUACUGUAAACAUAAUUAAUUGAACAGUUUUGUAAAAGGUCUAGUCCUAUCAGAUUAAGUUAAAACAUGCACUGAAUAAACAGUUAGCACCUGAUUAAACAGCACAUAUUAAUAUGAAUAUUUUUAAAAGGUUUACUUAAAAUACUAAAACUGACAAGUAGUUGACCUUUGCACUUAAAAAAACAUCAAUUUCAAUCUAGAAUUGACCAUCUUUGGUGUGAACUUGAUGAAGAAAAUACCAAAUUAAUUUCAUCUUCUACCAGGCUUUGCCAACUUAUUUUCCUGCAAAGAAGCACAUACAUUGUAAGAUGUUUUUAAAGAGAGAUUUUAUUUUAAAAAUGAAAUGUUGUAAUUUGUUCUUUUUGUUUUAGUGCCCCUUUCUAUCUAGUACUACUCAACAAGCCUACACUUUGAGCAGGGCGAGAGGGGCACCUGACCAGGACCCUGUGCUUUUAGGGGCCCGCAAUAUUAGGAGUGAGGUUAUGAGAAAGUGCACUGUACAUCCUUUAUUUAGUUUAUGAAGAAGUGUUUAUGGUAUCAGGAGGUGUAAUGUUUAGUUUAUUUUUUAUAUACGUAACACUAAAUGUUGUGAAAGGGGUGGGCCAUACAGAGGGCAAGGCAUACAGGGAUAAGGGAAUAGCAUUUUUCUUUCCCAGGGACGACAAAUGCUGGGUUGCCCUGCCACUCAAAAGCAACAACACAUUGCAGCUCCUAGGCAGAACAUGAUAGGUGACCAGUUAGGAACAAUACAUUUACAAUUGCCACCAAUCAGCGGCUUCUGAAUGGGAUUUUAGUUAUGUUAAAGGGCCAUUAUACACUCAUUUUUUCUUUGCAUAAAUGUUUUGUAGAUGAUCAUCUAUUUAUAAAGCCCAUAAAGUUUGUUUUUUUUAAAAAUGUAUAAUUUUGCUUAUUUUUAAAUAUCAUUGCUCUGAUUUUCAGACUCCUAACCAAGCCCCAAAGUUUUAUUUGAAUACCGUCAGCUACCUUCUCCAGCUUGCUCCUGUUUGUGUAAAGGGUCUUUUCAUAUGCAAAAGAAGGGGGAGGGGGGGAGUGUCUUAUUUCCCACUUGCAGUGGGUUUUCCAACUACCUUUUCAACAGAGCUAAACUGAAAGCUUCUAAGUACGUUUUUAAACCAUUUUAUACUGGAUUUUUAUAUCAGUAUCUGUGCAUCUUAUUCGUUAUAGUAGUGUCUAUUACAUGCAGUUAUAUUAAAAUGAGUGUAUACUGUCCCUUUAAGCACAUCAGUGUCCUAAUGUAAAAAUGACAAUGUAGUGCAAUAGAACAUUUCUUUUUGCAUCGGAUUGUCCAUUCAAGCCAUAAAAUAUAUAGAAAGGAAAUGUAAGCUUUGCUUUGUCGACAUUGUUAAUUUUGCAGUUCUUGUGUCCCUUGUCCCUUUAAAAAUCAAUUCUGUUUUAGAUGCUACCUUCCCAAAGCUAAUUAUUCUUUGCAUACAGUUUACGUUUUAAUUGCAAUUAACACUUUCUGUUUACUAAAAGCAAUCAAUUAAAGUAUGAGAUUAA